GGCCGUCGCGGCGAGACGCCAGGCCGCGGUCCAGGCUUUAAAUUCAAAGACGGAGCGGUUGGAGGAAUGACGCUGGAGAACCCGUUCUUUGUCGUCAAGGACGAGGUGUGCAAGGCGUUGAACAAGAAUCGCGGCUUGUACGGGCGCUGGAGCGAGCUGCAGAAUGUCUCGAUCGCGUCGCCGACCGGCGGUAUACCGCUGAGCGGCUCGGCCACAGCGAUCUCCCGUACGGACGAACUCGAUUGGACCACCACCGAGCUGCGGAAAGCGCUUCGUUCCAUCGAAUGGGACCUCGACGAUCUCGAGGACACUAUCUGUAUCGUUGAGAAGAACCCAACAAAGUUCAAGAUCGACAACAAGGAGCUGACCGUUCAGCGGAGCUUUAUCGAGCAGGCGCGAGACGAAGUCAAGAUCAUGAAGGACAAAUUGAACUUGAGCAGGAGCCGGGAUCGCGACAGCACGGCGAGACAGCCGCUUUUGGACAACAGCCCGGCGAGGGUGCCGGCCAAUCAUGGCACUACUAAAUACAGCAAGCUAGAAAACGAAAUAGAUAGUCCAAACAGACAGUUUCUCAGUGAUACUAUUCAGCAGCAGAAUUCUAUGAUAAUGCAGCAGGACGAACAGUUAGACAUGAUUGGGGAAACAGUCGGCACAUUAAAAACAGUAUCCAGGCAAAUCAACAGUGAACUGGACGAACAAGCUGUGAUGUUGGAUGAAUACGGGAAUGAGUUAGAGACGACAGAUUCCAAGUUGGACGCUACUAUGAAGAAGAUGGCCAAGGUGCUGCACAUGAGUAAUGGUAACUAUAACAAUUACAUUCCCGCCCCUACUACUCCGGUGACAUCCAGCGUCACUGAUCUCGUCUCUGAUAACAAACCCUCCUCUCUCUCCUCCCUAUCCAACACGAUCGCCAAUUGUUUUUUGUGUUCCAGCGAUUAAUUGGUGCUAAUUGUCCUGCGCCUUUAAACAGUUCAAGGGUACCAAUAAAAGAUAUUGUAACUGCAUUUUCGGAUACAUUUUCAACCUUAAUUUAAAUAAAAACGCAAGCUAAAUAUAAAAAGAUAAAUAUAUAAAAUAAAAUAUAUAACAUACAUAUAUGUGUAUAGAAGGAGAUACAAAUAAUACUUCUAAAAUGUUACAGUACUUUUUUAUUGAUGCCAUUGAAUUGUUUUUUAAUCCCUUAGAUUAUUGUUUAGAUGAAGGAAAGUGGUCAUUUAAAAUCUGGAGAAUAUAAUUAAUUCUACAUAUUUGUAGCGGAAUUUUCGCGUUUUAUGUAACAAGCACAAUUUUAGGAAUGCUUAGAAAUUAAAAAUUAGAGUUUUACAACAAUCUCCCAUUAAAUUAGAAAAAGAUGAGUCUUAAAUUUGUUUAAAAACUCUAUUGUUGAAGAGAGGGAGAUGUUGCACAUGUUGGGUAGUCUACAUGUAAUGUAUGUAACAUAUUACUGCAAGAUUAGCUGUUGUAUAAUGUGGACUAAUAUCACCAUUCCAAAAAAUUAUUUACUAAAUUAUGUCUAAAUUAUUUAAAAAGUAUUAUUUUGUGCCACUGUAUUAAUUAUAUU